AUGUCUGUGCAGAGCCAUAGGGCGGGAGUUGGCAUGAGCUACCUUCUCUCUGAAAGUUUCUCUGACCUGGCGACUAAGCGCACCGGCAAGAACGACCCGACCUUCAAUGAGAUGAAGGACUCGUUUUGGUUGACUGACGCGGCCAUCGGCUGGGAUGUGCUGUGCCGCCGCGAUGGUCGGUUGGGCUGCGCCUUGGUGGACUGGUUACCUCGGGAGCAUCGCCGCGAGCAGACGCACUUUAUGAGCUGGACAUGGAGGUACGCACUGUCUCAGGUGAAGGGUGCCCUGGAAGCCUACUCUGCCAGUAUGAGCUCGACAGCUGCCGCAGGGAACGUAUUUUUCUUCAUGUGCUUCUUUACAAACAAUCAAUUUCGCAUUAUAGUCGAGGAGACUACAGCUGGCAGCGCUGACCUCGAAGAAGUUUUUGAGGCAAAUCUGCGCCGCAUCGGGCGGAUGGUGGCUAUUUUGGAUACCUGGGAUCGGCCAAUCUAUUUGAGUAGGGUGUGGACAGUCUACGAACAAUUUGUUGCAUCCACUCUGCAGGUUCCAGUGAGCUUUGUCAUGCCACCAUCGUCUACUGAUCAGUUGCGCUUGCAGCUGUCCCUCGGCAGCACCGGCAUCGACCACAUCACACGGUCCAUCAGCAGUGUCGACUCAGAAAGGGCAGAGGCAUGGAAAGCGGAGGAUGAACAGAAAGUCAAGUCCCUGAUCCAGCAGACUGUCGGUUUCCAGCACGUGAACAGCCACGUGGCAGAGGCAACUGACCAAGUAAAGCUUGGUGUGCUGACGCCCCUCUUGAGUGGUGGGGUCGGCUCAGCCACCGGGUUCAUGCUCGUCUGCGGUGGCAUUAUGGCCAUCCCGCAUGGCAAGAAAUCCAAAGGGCUCACAGAUUUCGCCACUCGCUUCACAGCAGUGUCGGAGUACCAGGACCGCUUCCGUGAAAUUCCCCACUGCUAUGCUUCCAUGGACAGGAAGCCUCUCGUCCCCUACAAUCCCAACGCGACACGCUCACGCCUUGCUUUGGAAGAUGCCCCUGUUCCGCUGAAGAACGCUUCCACCAUCGAGUUCAGGGACAAGUUCUGUGUCCACAAGAGCAAUGAAAUCUCGUGCAUGUUCCCAGCAUGCCUCUGUUUCUGGGCGGGCAGCAAAACAGUUUCCUUCUUCUUAGCCGUCAACGUCAUUCCAGAUGAGGCCAGCUCAUUGGCGGUGUUGAGCUCAAUCUGUGCUUUACUGGGGUGCCUCAUGGGGAGCGGCUUGGGUCAGAUGUUGAAGCCAGAUGCACGGAUGCCGCUCUUUUUCGUGGCUGUUACUCUGUUCCACGCAAUCGAGUUCACCUUCGCAGCUGUCUGCCACAGCAAGACGAUAGAGUUCCGGAGUUUUCUCCUAACACCUGUGCCGGCAGCCGGCUACAGUGUGGCCAUGAUUGCUGCCAUAUGUGAAUACUGGCUGUGGCAUGCGCUUGGCUUCACACUAUCAGGCCUUGCGAUGCGAAUCGCUACCAUAGCGGGGUUUGGGCUCGCUGUGACCGGCUGGGCUUUGAGAACAGCUGCCCUAUUCACAGCAAGAUCAAACUUCACGCAUCUGGUGGCGUGCUACAAGGAUCCGUCCCAUCGGCUGGUGAAGCACGGGGUUUACGGUUGGUGCAGGCAUCCUGGAUAUGUUGGAUGGUUCUUGUGGAGCGUGUCCACACAGAUCCUCCUUCUCAAUCCCAUCUGCUCGUGCUGCUACGCCUGGGUUUCCUUCCGCUUCUUCGCGGGCAGAAUUCCACACGAAGAAGAGAUGCUGCUGCAGUUCUUCGGGGAAGAAUACUAUGCCUACGCCAAAGAAGUGCCAUGUGGCAUCCCGGGAAUUUCUAGACUCGGGUAG